AUGACGGCCUUCUCCAACACUGAUAUCCUCGCUCAGAUACUCCCACAGGAACGACAAGCCUUCUGGGGGAGCAAUUCACGCUGCAACGAGGAUACGCAGCAGCAGCUCUGGAACGAUUACCUGGCCUCGCUUUCCCUCAACGACAACUCUAUGGCCGGCUACGUUCAGGCUCCGCAUGUUCCUCGGAAUUCGUACUUUAUUGCAUCGUCGAGUAGUCGUCCGGUCUCUGGCCACAACAUCCCUCGGACGAUGACCUGGACGCCGUCCGCUCCGGAGAGCGUGCCGAUGAUGCGAACUCCGUCCUCUGCCUCGGCAUAUAGCAGCGGCGACUCCUUCUCGGCACCCACCACCAACCGACCGGCCGCUCUCGCAAUGCUCAACGCCUCGCAAUCCUACAAUGAAGAGCCUUUCAGCGCCUAUACCCUGGCUUCCGGUCCUGCAUUGCGACCACGUAAUGCGAAGCGACCUCUCCCCUCCUUGGCCGAAGCGGACGUCUACGACGAUUUUCCCAGCUUCGUUGCGACCAUGUCGCAGACUUUUGAUGGAUCUAGUAGCCUACCGACGACACUGCCAUCUUUUGACAUGGCUACGACUCUUCAGCAAGGCACUGCUCGACUUCAGACGCCACUGAGUGAGUCUUAUUCACCAAGCACUAUGUCAAGCGGUGAGCUCCCCUCUCCUUCCACUUUUACAAGUGGAAUGAGUCGCCAGAGCAGCAUCGCAGGUGCCACUUUCGUAGGUUCAUUUGAGGACACGAUGCGAGUCCACGAUCUCUUUGCUUUUGAUAGUACCGAAGACAAUGGCUUCAGUUCUGCUUCUGAAUCUGUCAAGCCUACCAGCUUGACAGAAGUUGAUCCCUCCCAUUUUCAUAGCUCGCCGUUUGGUUCUUUCAGGGACGAAACUAUUUCAUCAUCAUAUUUUCCUUCAACUGCUUGUGCUUUCGCACAACCUUUUCAGUCAUUGACCUCCUUGUCGGAAGACAUGGAGCGUUCAGCGUCGACUCAGAGCAACGACUCAACAUCGAGUCAGCCUCGUUCGUCUCGGCGACGCCAUGAACUUCUCGCUCAUGGCACGCGGCCUAUUGCGCCCAAAGUGGCAGAAAACAAGGCGGUCAUGCUACGGCAGUCGUCAGACCAUGCAAUGAUGCGCAUCAAGUCUCAAGAUGGAUCAUCGAAAGACGUUGCUAUCAUCCCGAAACAGCCUUAUGUACGGCCUACUCACCCGAAAGUCUACUGCACCAUGUGUAUCGACUGUCCCGGCUUUCGCGGCGAGCAUGAGCUGCGUCGACACACCGAUCGCCUCCAUUCGAAGACCAGAAAGGUGUGGGUUACUGUAGACGCAUCUCACGACGGUAACUUUCUAAAAGGCUGCAAACAAUGUCGUAACAGCAAGAAGUAUGGCGCAUACUACAACGCCGCGGCCCACCUCCGUCGAGCGCACUUCAACCCUCGUAAGCGCGGCCGCAAGAGUAAGGGAGACGAAAAGCGCGGUGGUAAAGCUGGCGGCGAUUACCCGCCAAUGGAUUAUCUGAAGCAGAACUGGAUGAAGGAGGUCGAAGAGCGUGUGCCACACAACUACGUAGAUGAUGUCGAAGAUGAGCCAACAGAGCAGCUCGACACCGAAGACCUCGUCGCCAAUGCUGUCGAAGACGCCGACUUCAGCAUCACCGCAUCGCACUCUGCUGCCUACUCCAUGCUACCACCAUCAGACCCUAUGGCACUAUAUCUCGAUAACUCAGCACCCUGCACACAAUUUGACACUGCUCUGGCCGGCACACAGCAAAGCGAGUACAACAUGAUCGAUCCGUUCGCCUUCUACCAACUGGUCCCCAAUCUCGGCUCGACCAUCGACGACGCUUCGGUGUUUUCGCAUCAGCACGGUGCGCAGUUGCAGGCUGAUGCUAUGCUUGUGGUUAACAGCACCGGUUCUUCUGUCCAGGAACCAAUCCAAUUUCACUCUUCAUUUUUCUCGCCUUGUUUCUGA